AGUAUAAAAUUGUUAUUUAUUAUUAAUGUUUGUGAGAAGUGUUUAAAAUGCAUAAGUAGAUAAAAUCGAUAUUCUUUGCGAAUAUCUUAAGUUUUUUUAGGCGUAUGGUGAAUAGUGCAGUAAGAAAGUGAUACUUAAUACGAUAAAAUGGGCAAUUGCUUACAAAUAAACAGCACCGAUGACAUUUCACUUUUACGUGGAAGCGAAAGUAGCAACACACACGAUUUUACAUCUGAUCGAAAUGUUCCGGCUCCAAUUUAUUCGGAACUGCUGCAGCCUGUCUUCUUUCCGUCUCUGUCGACUAGACGUCCAGCGUCAAAUUUAACUGAGGAAGAACAAGUGAAAAUUGCAAAGCGAAUCGGAUUAAUCCAACAUCUCCCAAUCGGCACCUACGAUGGUUCAAAAAAAAUACGCGAAUGCGUCAUUUGUAUGAUAGAUUUUUGUGUAGAUGAGGCAGUGCGAUAUUUGCCGUGCAUGCACAUAUAUCAUGUUCACUGUAUUGAUGAUUGGCUUAUGCGUAGUCUAACUUGCCCUAGCUGUAUGGAGCCAGUGGAUGCAGCACUCUUAACAAGCUAUGAAACAUCAUAACGUCAAUUGAGUUGAUAAAGCUUUUAUAUGUAGUUGGAAUGAAUCUUCUUUUUUAACCAUACUAUUGAAAAAUUUUAUUUUAUUUGCUCGUAAAUCUAUUACACCAAUAUGUGGGUAUUACAUCACGCAAACUAGUUUAGGUAAAAUAAGAAAUGUUUUUGUUUAAGUUUUUGUUUUUGCAAAAUUUUACUUCGGUUGAAUAUGGAGGCAAAAUGUACGCAAUAUACACGUAUAUAUAUAUUUUUUAAUAUAUUAUAAUUUUUCUAAUGUUAGAGUUAAAAUAUGUAUGUCCAAACCAUUUCAAAUGUAGGCAAAAAACACUAGAAAUAUGUGUAAAUGGUAGGCUUUCGUUUUUGUAUAUAUACGAAAUAAAUAUUGUUAUGAAAAUAAAAUAGCCGAAUAUGAUAUAUAAACAAGUUCUAACUUUCGAAAUUUUCAAAAGGGGUAAAACAGUGUUUCGCAUAAAGUGUUUUUGAUUAGUGUUCUCCGAGUUCUCGAUAAUAAGCAAAAUGUAUUAUGUAUAAUAUAUGAGCACAUACAUAUGCAAACAUUUAUUUCUCUAUAGCGGAAUCUUAUUGUCUGUAUAUUACGCACUGUUUUGCAUUUCUUUCUAUUACAUUUUAUUUUUAAAAUUUCCAAAUAGAUCUAAAAAAUAAGUUCAUAUAGGGCAUAAAGUAAAUUCAUGUGAUAGUUUUUAAGUAUUUUGAAUAAAUGAUUUUUAAGUGGAAAACGCUGCAUAGCAGACGCUGCUAUUAUUACGAUUACGUAAAAUCUUCAUUUUAACUAUUUCUGUACAUUUUUCCCUCUAUUGAAAUAAAAGCUGCCAUAACUACUCUAUGUAAUCCUACUCUUUAUUUUUUUAUGAAUAUUGAAAACUUAUUUGUGUCGAAAUAUUAGAAGCUUGUAAUUUAAUAAGUUUAAUACGUUUGUCCCUCAAAUAAAUUAAAUAAUAAUUACUGUUCCGAAUAUUAUUUUUGCUUAUAUAUAUUCAAUCAGAUCAGUAACACCAUUAAAUAUGAGAAUAUGAUUGAAAUCAUGCUUAAUAAGAAAAUCUGUAAUGGUUUUCACUGGAAUCCUAACCAUUUUCAAAAGGAGUUAGAGGUAGCCAGGUAUAUGAAAACAAUUAAAAUUUAAAAUAAUUUUUUUUCCAGCAUUUUUUUAUUUUAUAAAAGUAGCAUCAUAGUGGUAUAAUAGCAUCAUUAAAUAUGGUUUCGACUUGACAGAGAUAUAUAAAAAAAAUAUUAAUUUUCAACUAAAGCCAAUGGGACAAAAAAAAUGUUUUAUUAAUAGAUAAUAGAGAGCCUGAUUGAAUAUUUUUUUAAAUUAACAAAGCGGCAGUCUUAGAAAGUUCCAGAUUUCGCGAAAAACCAGCAGUACAUUGUUUAUAAAAAAUCAAAAUAAUAAAAUUGUUUCAUCAUGCUCUAGCUUAAAUAGCUGCAAAAAUUGCAUUGAAAUCUACAUAGUGAUAUCCGAGCUAUAAUGGUAGUAAUUCAAAAACAAUAGUAUAGAGCAAAAGCAACCGCCAGUUAACUGCUCUUCGGGAGCAACCGAGAACCCUUUGCUAAUUGUCGCAUUUAAUUAAAAAUUUCAGAGAAUAUUUCUAAAAUAUUAUAUUUUAUAGUAAAUGCAAGCAAUUGAUUUUUUGAAAAUUCUGACUACCUCUAACCCGAUAUAUUCAUAAGAAUAGUUUUUUGAUUUUCAAUAUCCAAAGGUAUGCUUACGUCAAUGUCUCGAUAUUUAGAAUCGAAAGAAAUACUAUAUGUAAACAGUUGAAGUGUAAAUUUAGCCAUAAAAUACAAUAUUGCAUUGACUUCCACAAAUAUUAUACUUCAGAGAUUCUUCGGUGAAGUGAAAAUUUUACCUUAUCAUUGUGUAUAUAUUUUCUUUUAAUAGCUGUAAUAAUUAUCUAAUUAGAAUAUGUUAGCUUUAAACGAAUGGCGCCCGGGAUAUACCGUAUUAAUUUUUGUGUUCUAUGACUUCGUUGUGUACCCAACCAAAAAGUUUGUAUGAUGUUCAUCGGUAAAACAAAAGUACACACGAAAUGACAUGUAUCUAGGCAGGUUGGAUGUCAACGGGACUAUGUUGAAUACGCCUUUUAUAUUGAAAAUUAAUUUGUUAUUAUGUUAAUGUAAAUUUAUAAGCUACUGUUUUGUAUUAACAGUUGAUUGUACUUUAAAUUACUUUAAAACCAAUACAUAUAAUAAUUAGCAAUAAUAUUAAGGACAAAAAGCUUACUGAAUUUGCAAAACAAAACAAAAAACAAGACUUUUUCUGCACCGAAGCUAUAAUACAUUUAUACAAGAACUUGAUUCUGUUGAUCUGUUUGUAUGCGAGUUAUAGUGAUCUUGAAAUAAUGCAACUUUCGUCUCAAAAUGGAUCGCGCCAUAAUUAAUCAAUACAUAUCGGUAAUAUAUAACACUGAAACUUAGAAAACGA